CCGGCGCUUCGGCAGCCGCCGCGGUGGUCACCUCGGGCAGCGCCGCUCGUUCUCGGGCAGUCGCCUCCCAUCCCGACAUUCCGCCCGGGGGAGGCUGAGGCUGAAGCGCAGCCGGCGGCAGGGGGACGGUCCGACUCCGCAGCGGCGCGGGCGGCCGCAGUGAUACCCGGCCCCGGCCCCGCCGUCCGUCCUCUCCUUCGGCGCCCGCAGCCACGAUGAACCGGGGCGGCAGCAGCCCGUCGGCCGCCGCCAACUACCUGCUCUGUACCAACUGCCGGAAAGUGCUGCGGAAGGAUAAAAGAAUCAGAGUAUCUCAGCCCUUGACAAGAGGACCAAGUGCCUUUAUUCCAGAGAAGGAAGUUGUCCAAGCGAACACAGUGGAUGAGCGUACGAACUUUCUUGUGGAAGAGUACUCUACUUCUGGCCGCCUGGACAACAUCACGCAGGUCAUGAGUUUGCACACUCAGUACCUGGAGUCUUUCCUGCGGAGCCAGUUCUAUAUGCUGCGCAUGGAUGGCCCCCUUCCUCUACCACACAGGCACUACAUCGCGAUAAUGGCUGCAGCUAGACAUCAGUGUUCCUACCUAAUAAACAUGCACGUGGAUGAAUUUUUAAAGACAGGAGGUAUUGCUGAGUGGUUGAAUGGUUUGGAAUAUGUGCCGCAAAGACUGAAAAAUCUUAAUGAAAUUAACAAGCUGCUCGCACACAGACCCUGGCUGAUCACAAAAGAGCAUAUUCAGAAACUUGUCAAAACUGGAGAAAAUAACUGGUCUCUGCCCGAGCUGGUACACGCUGUAGUCCUACUGGCACAUUAUCAUGCUUUGGCAAGCUUUGUUUUUGGUAGUGGCAUCAAUCCGGAGAGAGAUCCAGAAAUCUCCAAUGGAUUCAGGCUAAUAUCAGUCAACAAUUUCUGUGUUUGUGAUCUCGCCAACGAUAACAACAUAGAGAAUGCAUCCCUUACAGGCAACAACUUCGGGAUUGUCGAUUCCCUAAGUGAGCUAGAGGCCUUGAUGGACAGAAUGAAGAGACUUCGAGAAGAGAGGGAAGAUGAAGAGGCAUCUCAGGAAGAAAUGACCACUCGUUUUGAGAAGGAGAAGAAGGAAAGUCUUUUUGUGGUCUCUGGAGACACUUUUCACUCCUUUCCACAUUCAGAUUGCUCAUUAUUGUCCUCAGAUUUUGAAGAUGACAUGAUUAUAACAUCUGAUGUCUCCCGAUAUAUUGAAGACCCUGGUUUUGGGUAUGAGGACUUUGCCAGACGAGGAGAAGAACAUUUGCCAACAUUCCGAGCUCAGGACUAUACCUGGGAAAAUCACGGGUUCUCCCUGGUGAACAGACUUUAUUCUGACAUUGGACAUCUUCUUGAUGAGAAGUUCCGCAUGGUCUACAAUCUCACCUAUAACACUAUGGCCUCCCAUGAGGAUGUUGACACAACCACGCUGCGCAGAGCUUUAUUUAACUACGUUCACUGUAUGUUUGGAAUCAGGUAUGAUGACUAUGAUUAUGGAGAAGUUAAUCAAUUACUUGAACGAAGCCUGAAGGUUUACAUUAAGACAGUGACCUGCUAUCCGGAGAGAACCACCAAGCGCAUGUACGAUAGUUACUGGCGUCAGUUCAAGCACUCAGAAAAGGUUCAUGUGAAUCUACUUCUAAUGGAAGCGCGGAUGCAGGCUGAACUCCUUUAUGCGCUUCGUGCCAUAACUCGGCAUUUGACCUGAUAGCAUCAUCACCCAGCGAACAUGUCCUACGUGUGGAAAGACCUUUUCACACAAGACACACAUCAGAAGCUGUUUGUGAUGUAGCAUCAAAAAUUUUUCAAUUCUCUAGUGGCAAAGUUUAGCCGUUCUUUCUGGCGGCUGUAAUGUGCAAUGACGUGUUUUCUUUUUCUUGAUGCUUAACAUUACUAACAAUUGCAAAAAUAAUACUGAGGAGCACUACUUUGCAUUGUUUUAUAGCUGGAUUUUUUGGAUACUGAUCAUAAAUCAUGAACCUGGUUUAUAUUAAUGCUUAACUUCAGCGCUUUGGGGUUUGUACGUAUGUGUAUUCUU